AUGAGUCUCACAAGAUCUGUCUGCAUCGUCGGCGCGGGGCCUUCCGGUUUGGUAGCAGCAAAGGCAUUUCUGCAGCAUGGUGGCUACGCUGUGACGGUGUAUGAGGCUGCCGAUCGCGUUGGUGGCAUGUGGAGAGCGCAGCCUGGCGAGCGCGGUGUCAAAUGCAGCCCUGAGAUGAGGACGAACCUGAGCCGCUUCACUGUAGCCUUCUCAGAUCUUUCUUGGACAUCCGUCGAUCUAUCAGAUACUGUGAAUGGCGAGUCCUCACCUUCAACGCCACCAAUGUUCCCAAAAGCAUGGCAGGUCGGCCGGUAUCUUGAAAAGUACGCCGAGAAAUUCGGCCUCGAGUCGAACAUCUACCUGAACCGCAAAGUCAUCAACGCGGACAUUCUUGACGACAUGAAGACAUGGCAGGUCUCAACCUACGAUUCGGUGACGCAUCAGACAAGAACACGAACGUUUGACUACUUGGUCAUUGCGAGUGGAUUCUUCGAAAAACCAGGGCGAGUGAUCUCGAGCCCUUCGCCAAGCGAGGGUUCACCCAACAUACAGCACUCUUCCGUCUUCCGCGAUCUACACUCGCUCACUCCACAGUCUGGUAAGAUCGUAGUCGUUGGUGGAGGCAUCAGCGGGUCAGAAGCUGCUGCGCAAGCUGCUUUCCAGAUCUCCGCCGCUAGAAACGCACCUGGAAAGAGCAAAGCUGUCCAUGCGAAUAGCACGAUCUACCACAUCGUCAACCGCCCUUUCUAUUGUCUUCCGCGCUAUCUCCCUCACGAUCCUUACAAGGAAUUGACGCAGGACACCAACCUAGCGCCACAUUUCCUCCCACUUGACCUAGUUCUUUACAACCUCUCGCGCCGCGGAGAAGGUCAAAUAUCAGCUUCAAUCACAACCGUUCCGCCUGAAAAAGCAAAGAAGGGGCAUGACUUCAUGCGCUCGGUUAUCGGUGGUGACCAGCAGGAGUAUGGGAAUGAAGCGCUAGUGCACACGCCCGAUCAAACGCAGUACCCCGGGUACUGCGGUAUCACCGAUACCUAUCUCGAGUUCGUCAGGAGCGGGCUUAUUGUCCCUGUGCAAGGUUGGGUGCAAAAGGUCGAGCACAACACUGACAGGAGUUCGUUCGAUAUCUCAUUGCAACACAAUCAACCGUGGUCGAGUAAGGCAGGUACAAGAAGUGAAAUUGCUGACGUCGCCGGCAUCAUUGAAGCCACUGGCUACAAGACCAGCCUCGAUUACCUACACGACACACCCAAAGGUUUUCUUUACCCUGACGCAUCUUGUCCUCGUAUACCCUUCCUUCUCACCCGUGGGUCCAUUUUCUCGGAUAACCCGACCCUCGGCUUUGUCGGCUUCUAUGAGGGCCCCUAUUGGGGAGUCAUGGAGCUGCAAGCACAACUCAUUGUCAAUACUUGGGCAACGUCGACUCCUGAUCCCACCAAUCCUACUGUAGCGGGCAUGAAGCAGCUCGAAACCACUGAGCGCAUGCGACAUCAACUUCAGUUUGAUGGCUCUCUACAAGUACCUCAGUUCUGGAUGGCAGACUACGUUGGACUUGUCGAGGAGAUUGCACGUGAGGCUGGUGUCAAGCGAGUUGACGUGAUGUUUGAUGGGCAGAUGGGUCCUGCUUUCCCGUCCCGCUAUCAAAACACCAACACCUCUAGCGAGGCUGAAGACGUCAUGCAAGAGGUCGCCAGCUUGCUCAAUGCUUCAAACAAGGACGCCAAGUUUGUUGCAGCAGCAGUCUUCCGGGCCAUGCAAGGCGUCUGGUCUCUACGUCGCAAUAUUGCAACCCGUAAUACUACCCCAGGCGGUGUACUCAAAGGCCAGGCACAUUUCCAUCCCCGUGCGCCUACCGACUCCGCGUACUCCGCUGAGUACUUGUACAUUGAGGAGGGAAUUUUCACAAUGGACAAUGGAUUUUCCUUCCCUGCGAGCCGCCGCUAUAUCUACCGCUACAACGAGACAACAGACAAGAUCACAGCAUGGUUCGCCGAUGAGGAUGGUGAAUCCACUGCUGCAUUCUUCAACACGUGGGAGUUCUACCACUCGGCAGACGAGAACUGUGGGUGGAAAGCUAAGGGACAUCAUUGGUGCGACCCAGAUACGUACAAGAGUGGUUGCGAGUUCAGAUUCCAUGGUGCAAGCCUGCAGACCUUUGGCAUCACGUACGAGGUCGCGGGACCGAAGAAAGACUACAACCACGAGAGCUGGUAUGAAAGGCCGGACAGCAAGGACAACUCUAUCAACUUGCGCUCGGUAGCGAUGCAUGGCUAG